UUUGCCACAUCAUUGGCUUAUAUACCUGUGGCCCAUCAGCGUAGCCUGGCUAUGGUAUGGUUGGGAGGUAACAAAGAGGCAUGGGACCAGUGCACAGCCUGGGGGCACAGAGAGCCCAGGCAUGAAGCCCUGUGAUGGGAAUAGGGCUUACCUGCCCUGUGGAGAAACCAGCCAUGCUGUUGUGAACCCACCUGGCAGCACAAAGCAGGUGGCAAUGUCUGUUCUAUGCAGGACCAGAUAUGCCAGGCACAAGUAAGGGACAUUCCUAUCAGGGCAAUGCAUACAGCGCAUGGCCAAGUGACACGUGCACCUGAAAGGGGGGUAGAACAGAGGCCUCAGUUCACCCAUAUCACCCUGAUUGUAAAAGUGCUGCUGCAGCCAAGAGGGACCACUCCUGCACACAAUGGAAUGACCUUGCUCACAAUCAAAUUCCCCCACCACACACAGCCAUACUCAGGAUGCUCCAGCUCACUCCAAGUGGGAAACCUCAGAGCCCUCCCCUAAACCUCAGUGCCAGCCCCAUUGGCUGCCAGGGCCAUUAGCACCAGCAGAGCUGCCCAGGCAGAGCCAGCCUGAGGAGACAUCUGAGGCCACAUCUCUCAACAGUCUAUUCUUCCUGCUGCUGCACCCGCUGCUGCACACUCCGGCCCUCGCUGCUGGAACUAUGCAGUCCCCUCUCUGCUGCCUUCUCUCCCUCCUCCUCUACCUCUUCCUCGUCUCUGGGACAUGGGCAAACCUGGAGGGGGCCUUCACUCUCCGGCUGCUCCAGACCACCACCUUCCAAAAUACUUCAUUUACGGACAUGGAGGGAUUGGGCCUGCUUGAAGACAUUGAACUUGGUUGUCUUGAUAAACACACAUGGUCCAUCCACUUCUGCCAGCCCUGGGUGCGCCCAGCCCUGCCCCACGUUGACUGGGACACCAUUGAGAACCUACUUAAGGUCUAUUUGCAGAAGUUCAAGCAUCUGAUCAACGAAGGGGCCAUGCAAAGGGACAUCCCCUACCCCUUUGUGGUUCAGUGCAUGGCAGGCUGUGUGCUGUACUCCAACAGAACCUCCCAGGCAUUUGCCUACGUGGGUUACAACGGUCAGGAUUUCCUCAGCUUUGAUACAGAGAAUGUCACCUGGACCCUCUCCCAGGACACCGAGUUGUCACGGUAUGUCCAGUCAUUUCUCCAGAACUACACCGCCUUGAAUGAGCUGGUAGAAAUAAUUUUCAAUGAUACUUGUGCCGAUGAAAUGGAGGUGUUCCUGCAGUAUGGGAGGACAGCUUUGGAGAGACAAGAGUUGCCUGUGGCCACGGUCUUCACCCGCACCCCCAGCCUAGACCAGCUGCUGCUUGUUUGCCAUGUCACUGGCUUCUAUCCCCGUCCCAUCAGCGUGGCCUGGCUGCGGGAUGGCCAGGAGGUGCCUCCAGGCCCGGCGCUCAACACCAGCACCAUCCUGCCCAACGCUGACCUCACCUACCAGCUCCGCAGCGUCCUGGCCGUGGCCCCCCGUGAUGGGCACAGCUAUGUCUGCCGUGUGCGCCACCACAGUCUGGGCACCCGCAGCCUUCUCAUCCCGUGGGGGAACUCAGAAGUGGUGCUGAUCACAGGGCUCAUGGCUGGGCUGCUUGCAGCCACGGCCAUAGCUGCCAUGUCAGUGUUUUGGGUAUGGAGACAAAGCACUGAACUCUGGUGCCAGUGGGAACAGAGCAGGCGAAUGGCUCACACCAUUUCUGUUCCCAUGCACAGUUCUUCCUCCUCUCACAGUUACUGCUGUUGCUUCUUCAGCCUUGCCGCAUGCACCAUGCAGCCCCCUCACCUCCUCCUCUUCCUCUUUCUCCCGAUCCUCCUCCCUGGGAUGUGGGCAGACCCAGAGGCAGAGCCACAGGUUAUCCAGUACCUCCUGACUGGCCUCUUUGCCAACAUCAGCUCUGCUGAGGUGUCAUGCGUGGCACUUGUAGGGGACAUACCCAUCUUAACACUGGAUCCAGCCAACUGGAGCAUCCACUUCCACUGGCCCUGGGUCAGCCAGGCUGCAGCUGAAGGAGAUGGGGAAAAGAUCAUGUCCCAGUACAAAAUUGUUCUGCGCAAUAUGAUCCGAUUUGUGCAUGACACAGUUCAGCAGACAAAACAGCACUACCCGUUGGUGGUCCAGUUCCGUGCAGGCUGUGUGCUGUGUCCCAAUAUGACAAGUCACAGCUUCCUGAAUGUUGGCUGGGGUGGCAGAGACCUCGUAACUUUUGAGGUAGAUAAACAACGCUGGGAGGCCCGGCAGCCAUCCCAGGUGGCAGAGGUGGUCAGCAAGAGCCUCAACAGGCAGAAAUCUGUCAAAGUGCUCCUGGAGUACCUUCUCACCAUCUGGAUAUGCCAGAGCAACUUCCAAACCCUGAAGAGGUAUGGGAGAGAAAUUCUGGAGAGACAAGAGUUGCCUGUGGCCACGGUCUUCACCCGCACCCCCAGCCUAGACCAGCUGCUGCUUGUUUGCCAUGUCACUGGCUUCUAUCCCCGUCCCAUCAGCGUGGCCUGGCUGCGGGAUGGCCAGGAGGUGCCUCCAGGCCCGGCGCUCAACACCAGCACCAUCCUGCCCAACGCUGACCUCACCUACCAGCUCCGCAGCGUCCUGGCUGUGGCCCCCCGUGAUGGGCACAGCUAUGUCUGCCGUGUGCGCCACCACAGUCUGGGCACCCGCAGCCUUCUCAUCCCGUGGGAAAACCACAGCACAGCUCCAACCAUCAGCAUCACCAUUGCAGUGCUGCUUCUUGUGGCCACAGCCUCUGCUGGGGGAUUUUGGUGGUGGAAGAACAGGACAGGUAACGAGGCUACAUGGGAGACCCAGGAAUUCAUCAUUUGAGGCCUGGUUGCCCCCACAGCAACAACUGCUUGCUCUCCCUUCUUACUUCAUGUCUCACCCCUGACCCAUCAGCACCAACACAGCUUUUUUUCUGGAAAACCA